AUCGAGUUUCGUGUUCCGUUUCGGUUCGACCGUCCCCGCACCAUCCCCUGUUUGCUAUUGCCCGUACUUCCCGUCCCGACACUGUACCCGGGCAGGGCCUUAUCAAACCCGCUUCCAACCACCCCCUUUCUGAAACACAGCACAAGUGUGUGUGUGUGUGUGCCGUCUCGCCCUUUGGCUGGGAUUUACUGUACGCAUCGAUCGCAGUAGCCAGUAGACAGUGGAAUAAAGGGGCAAACCCCCAUCUGUUUGUGCCUUUGUGACAGCGAGCUUUGCCGAGAAGCAUUGAUAAAAAGAAUCCAUUGUAAAUGUGCAUCCACCACCCUUUCGCGAUUAGUUUCAUUCCGAAGCGCACUGUGUGGUGUGUAUGCAUAUUUAGCGAAUGAAUCAACACCAGCUGGUUCAGUAUCGACAGGAGCAGAAAAAAAAAACAACAGCACGGCCACCCUUUGCGAAUCAUCGACCAGCGCCAUCGCAGCAACACCCGCCGAACGAACCUCCGGCGGCCUUUGCUUUAGCAGCUGAUGCGCAGGCAGGUGAACAAGGAACAGUAGGCUAAGCAAGAAGGAGCAGCAGCAGAUUAAACUGGCCAAGAGGAAACAAGAUCAUCGCAAACAAACUCGAACCGCGCACUCCCUCUCUGUCUCUCUCUCUCUCUCUCGCUCUGGUGACGAUGAUGGGCGUGGACGGCAGCACCCGGCGCUAGAAAGGAGAACCGCAAACGCUAUAAAGACACACAGACACACACGCAAGUGCCUAACAGGGAGAGGUGGUGCCGUCGAAGCAUAAAAAUUGUAAUUAUAAUAAUGGUCGCGGCCAAUCGAUCGAACGUUGCUGCCGGUGGUCGAUUAGAACGGAACUCCCGUACCUAUUAACCUCGGUCCGAAGGUGCCGAAAUUGGGGACGACCGGUCUGAGGGGCGCGGACACCGCGGUUCGAAUUGAUAUUCCUCUAACACCGGUGAACGACGCACCCGCCGGAAAAGGGAAGCCCUGCUUCGAAGGGAGUUCGUUCGGAACAAUAAGCAAUAAUACAUUUAGAGAAAAGGAGAUAGGAGCAACAGUCGAAAUUUCCCGGACCGAAAACGGCAAGCAAUACUGCAGAGGAACUACACAAACACACGCACCGGGAAUUUAAUUUCGAGCGACAUUUGAAGCGACCAUCGCCGCCAGACCGUCGGCCCGAGGACCGAAAGGAAGAAGCAGCAGCAUCGGAACACAGAAUUCGUGCGACGUUUGCAAAUUGAGUGUGCGAAAGAGAGGGAGAGAAGCGGCCAGAUGGCGACGACGAAUAAAGAGGUCUACCACGAAGGCUGGCUCAAAUCGCCACCGACGAAACGUAUCUGGCGCGCGCGAUGGCGACGGCGCUGGUUCACGCUCAAGCAGGGUGAGCUGCCCGGUCAGUUCUUUCUCGAGUACUACACCGAUCGCAAAUGCCGCAAGCUGAAGGGCAUCAUCGAUCUCGACCAGUGUGAGCAGGUGGACGCGGGGCUGCGGCUCGACCGGCAGAAGGAAAAGUACGCGCACAUGUUCGACGUGAAGACGCCGACCCGCACCUACUAUCUGGCCGCGGACACCGAGGAGGACAUGCGCGGCUGGGUGAACUGUAUCUGCCAGGUGUGCAGCCUGCAGGAAACGCAAACCGUGGACGAUCGGCCAUAUUACAACAUCGGCGCAAUCAAUAUGGCGGAUGCGGUCAACAUGGCGGACACGGUGGUAGAGACGAGGGCACCGACCCGAUCGACGAGCAACGGGGCAGCAGCAGUAAUGGAAACGACGGACGUGUCAAACGAAACCGAAACGACCAUGCUGAAUCAUUCGGUGGUGGGAGAGGCAGCCGCAGCGGAUCCGUCACAGCACCAUCACAACAGCCAACAGGCGGCAAAGCGUACACCACCGGCGGCCUACAACCCGUACGGCACGUACCAGAACGAGGAAAUGAUGGGCUUUCGCUCGAUGGACUACACCAACCGGGAGACGAUCAUUUGCGAGGCAAAGCUGGGACAAACGGUACCGAACGCGGAGGCGUACUCGAACCUGGACGUCAUCAUCGAACGCUCCCAGUCGUUGCGUGGUAAGCCGACGGCGAAGAAUGGCGAACCCUCCAGCUCGUCAACAAUGACGAACGGUAUCGGUACGGGUACGGCCAGCUCGAUGGGGCAUCAUAUGCGUACACAGUCGCUCAAUAUUGACCAUCAGCAGCACAGCAGCAGCAGCAGCAGCAACGUGGUGAAAAAGAUUCCGGAAAAUCUGAAACUCACCGACCGUUCCCCGUCGACCAGUGCGUUCGAUAGUGGGCCAGAGCAACCGUCCCCGGCCCUGAGCACCUCGUCCGGACCGUACAUCCCGAUCAGCGAGUGCUACUCGGGCAGCCCGGUGACGCCGCUGAACUCGCUCGAUCCACGCUUCUACGAAACGCCGCGCAGUCACACCAACAUCGGCUUCAAUCUCGUCAACAACGAGCAGCCGUACUCACCAAAGAGAAACAACGUCGGUGGAGGGCCACUAGCCACCGGACCCUCCUGCAGUGGUAAAUCGAGCCCGUCCGAUUCGGAGAGCGUGUUUACGGACGAUGAGUGGACUGCUGGGUCGCCGAGCGAUGGAAUGCGUGGUGGUCGUGAGGGAGCUACGAACGGAGGUGGUGGUGUUCGUGGAGGUACAGGAGGGGCUGGUGGUACGAUCGAUAGAAGCACCCGGCCGUCGGACAGUUCGAUCGAGAAUGAUGCGGUCGGGUGGACGUAUGUGCAGCGCUUCUCCAAAGUGCCCAACACGGAGGAAACACAGCAGCAGCAGCAGCAGCAGCAGCAGCAGCAGCAACAGUUGAAGCAAGUGCAAGGUGCUAGCGCUGGGAAUGCCCCCGGCGCUCCACCAAGACCGCCGAAACGGACCAGUCUGAACUUGGAGGGUAUAGAAAAAACCAAGGACAUAAUAUCUUCCGACACGGAGAACGUUUCACCUGCCAUCGGACCGAAAGAAGCAAGCGCGCACAUUGAACAGUUCUACGAUAUUCCACGUUCCCAUCAGCACCCGUACACUGGCAGUAGUAUGCACCUUCCCGAUGGCGAUCUGCUGUCACCAUUAAGCCAGUGCGAUCUGGUCGCUUCCAGCACGCCAAAUCUGAUCAGCGAUUUCGGGUCGGGCAGCCAGUGCGGUACGCUGGGACGCCCCCGGCCCCACUGCUACACCAAUGCUGCCCCGACAAAGAUCGAAGGCAAUGUGUUUCGUUUCGAUUUCAGUGAACAGUCCGACGCAUCAGCCCCGGCCAUUAAUCGCCGCUUAAAGCCACGCUCGUCGUUCGAUAUCACCAAAUCGUCGAUCGAGUCCGUGACGCAGGGCGUUAAGCAGCAGAUGUCGCUCGGUGGCGCUGGUACGACGGCACCGCCAGUGCCCAUCCCAAACGGUGGCAGUGCUAACGGGGGCGGUCAAUCUGCCAAGAGUCCACCGACGGUUGAUCGUACGCGCAAGCCCGCAACUCCAAAGAUCGGUACUAAUUCGAUGCGUCGGAAGGGUGGACCGGUAUCGUUAAAUCUCGCCUCCAAUCAAGCGACCGAAAGCACGUACGGUAACACACAGGAUGCGAGCAUUUCAAUGCUCUCGGUGAUAUCGCCACGCGCUACCAGUAAGAACGAAGAUCGCCUACAGUAUCUCGAUCUGGAUCACUCGAACAGCCCACAGAAAGGAUCCAACCAAAAUGCCAUCUACUCGGCCGGUCCUAGCAGCAGUAUCGUCGGUGCAGGACAAGGAGCAUCAGGAGCAUCUGCGGCGCACGGUGGUGGCAGUAAUGGAAAAAAUCACCACCACCAGCAACAAAACCACCAUCAUCCGGUAGCGUCGACCAGCUCGCUAUCGCACGACAGUACCGGCGGUCAUCACGGUGGCACAUCUGCUCGGCAUCAUCGGGACGGUGGCGAAACGGGCACAGCGAAGCCCACCAUACAGACAAGCCGCACACCGUACACGACGGUCGAUUUCGUUAAAACGGACGCGUUCAAUCGGGUCCGCGCCGACUCGGAACUGACGCGCGCACAAUCCCGCCUAAAGGAUCAAACGUCUUAGACGCGACCAGCGCAAAUGCUUUUCGAAGGGUCGAAGGGUGUGUGCGCGAUUCAUAUCCAACACAUAUAUUCGGUCUUCCGCCUUUCAUUGGCUUGUCGCUUUUUCCAAUUUUUGCUUUUGCUACAACUCCAAUUCCCUCGAAUGUUGGGAACACGGGAACAUGAUGGACUCGCUAACAUAUACGCACAUGGAAAGACUGGUGGAAAUGUAGCACGGGAGAAGGAAACGGAGCACGAAUGGAUGAAACUGAAACACUAUUACUA